CCAGUAAUGCACUGGCAACAACCUGAUGUUUUCUAAAUGUUUGGGUGCUAAAAGUCUCAGACAAUUGCGGUUCAAAGUGCACUCGGCUACGCUCAGUUAAAGUGGCUCGGCGCAAUUCCCCCCACCACGCAAAAUUGAUCCCCACGUCAGUGAACCAGGGUGUAUCCAGUCUCGUCGCAUCGAUGGGAAAGGGGGCUCCAGAGCCGCGUAUCUCCUUUGCAAAAACCAGCCGUACGUACAUGGCGUUGUCGCUUGAAUGAGUUCUGCGGAUUGUUGUCUUCGUGAAUCCAACCCGUUUUCCAUCCUCCUCGGUCUCAUCAUGGACAGAGAGUCGCAAUUAAGACCUUACAGAUGACCUGAUCUCUUUCAUCUUCGAGGGCUACUGAAGCGCGCGGGAAAAAAAUUCACCAUUGCGAUGGCGUGGAAGACCAACCGUCCGCCGCCCAGCUCGGUCAAGCCCUUGCUCAAGGGCAUGCUGGCGACCUUCAUCUUGACCUUGGUGUUGACGAGCACCUACAUGUACCGCGACACAAUCAGCACCAAAGCCUCCCGAAUCAAACUCACCGACGGCGCCGCCACCGACUACUUCAAGUACCCCUUCAACGCCAGCGACCCCGAUGCGGACCCGAUCGAUUGGCUGAUCCAUGACGCGCGGACGAGGCAGGCAACGAUACUCCAGAAACGGAGUCGUACUCUUCACAGUGCCGCCCAACGCUACCGAGAGCGACGGGGCAGACACCCGCCCCCGGGGUUCCAGGAAUGGUUCCAUCACGCCAUGGAGACCGAUGCGAUAGUCGUCGAGGAGUUCUUCGACCGGAUCCACGACGACAUCAGACCGUUUUGGGCCCUCGACGCGAAGACGAUCACGAAGCAGGCCAACGCCGGGGAACACGUCGUCAGGGUGCGCAACGGCACGGCGACGGGCGACGGGAACACGGAGGGCAAGGAGCCUUGGCUGGAGUUAUGGACGGCGUUGGUUUCCGAGUUUGCGAAACAUCUCCCGGACGUGGACAUGCCCAUCAACUACAUGCAGGAGCCCAGGAUACUGGUUCCGUGGGAGGAUAUGGAGAAGUACGUUGCGAAGGAAGGAAAGAUAAGAAAGAUGCCCACCAAGAACAAGGCCACGGCCGGUUUCCGAAGCCUGACGAGCGUCGAUGCCGCCCGAGGCCAGCCUUACUCUAAGGGGUGGACAAGCGGCGACCGGCGCAAGUACUGGGAUCUCGUGCGAGCGGCCUGCCCUUCGGAUUCCCCAGCCAGAAACGUACCUGCGGCGACGGACCUAUCCUUGCCGCCGACCUUGCCGUACUUGUGGACAGCACCGUUCGCUCGCCAGGGCUACGUACAGAACUUCAGCAGGUCCAUGGACCCGUGUGUUCAGCCUCACCUGCGUUCGCUUCACGGCACCUUUGUCGAACCCCUGAACGUCAACACGACGAAGGAUCUCGUUCCCCUUUUCGGGGGCUCGAAGCUCCGUGUCAACUCGGACAUGCUCAUCCCAGGCGCCAUGUACCUCUCGGACGACCCGAGCUACACCGGCGGCGACAGUCACGGCCCCGCGUGGCCCGAGAAGCUCGACCGUCUCGUCUGGCGGGGCGUCGGGUCCGGGGGCCUCGCCCAGUCAGACAACUGGAUGCACUUCCAUCGCCAGCGCCUGGUGGAGAUGCUCAACGGCACUACGGUGCGCGGCAUGGAGGCCAACGACGUCCGGGCCAUGACCUUCGACAUGCCCCCCCUGGAACGCUACAACACCACGCGCCGCCGCGAGAGACGGCUCGGGGAGUUUCUGACUGGGUUCGCGGACGUGGGCUUCACGCACCUACUGUGCGGGCCCAGCCACGACCGACGCAAGGAAUGCGAGUGGCUCGCGCCGCACCUGUCGGCGGUGAACGCAACGCCCAUGGCGGAGCAGUUCUCGAGCAAGUUCCUCCCCGACGCGGACGGCUACAGCUUCAGCGGGCGGUUCAGGGCGUUCCUGCUGUCGACGAGCGUGCCGCUCAAGGCGACGGUGUACGCCGAGUGGCACGACGACCGCCUCACGCCGUGGCUGCACUUCGUGCCGCUGGACAACACCUUCCAGGACCUUUACGGCGUGCUGGACUUCUUCACUGACGGCGACGACGAGCCUGGGGGGUCGUGGGGCGUCGACAAGGUGCUGGGAAAGAGAAGCAAGGGCGACGACGCGGCAAGGUGGAUCGCCGAGCAGGGCAAGGAAUGGGCCGAGAAGGUGCUGCGGCGUGAGGACAUGCGGCUGUACAUCUGGAGGUUGCUGCUAGAGUUUGCGCGAGUCUGCGAUGAACAUCGGGACACGCUGGGCUACGUGGACGAUCUUCCUUGAGUUUUGAUUUUUUUUGUGUUUUGAGUUUCUUGUUGGGCUGUGGACAUCACAUCAGGUCCACGCGCCGGGAUAUACCAUGGGAUACGGCGUUUGGGGCUGCCAAAGUACGAGAAAGUUUUUUGUUUGCAAUAAUACUACAUACAAGUAUGUCCCGUCCCGUUCCGAGAGAGCGGCGGGAUGACAAUUACAUGUACGGUAGUAGGGGAGGCGAGAACCUAGGUAUGUAUGUACAAAGUAUGAAUAUUGACCGUUUCCUCCAACUAUCUACGUAAGGCAGUGUAAGUGUAACCUCGCUAUCGCAAAACCAAU